GCUUUAUAAAAAGAGCGCGCCUGUAAAGUGCCUUCAAACGUAUGGUAAUCGAGAAGCUAUCAAGAUGAAUGGGCACUCUUUCUCCGCUCCGGGCACAAGCUCUGCAAGAAUAAGAGACACCAGGAGUCUUGCCGAUCCCAGUGCAGCAAUCCUGGACAGCCAAUCCAGCCGGGACAUCCUCCUUUUCCUUCAGGCUGCCUCCAGGGACAUCAGGGACCAGGUCUUUUGGGGAAUUUGCCUCCAGGUGUUUGAGUUGUUCAGACACCAGCAACUUCCCUUGCAGUCUCCCUGGCUUAGGAACUUUCUGUUAAGACAAUGGCCCACUCCGCUGAGAGACCUUGGUGUGCGUCUGGCCGCCAGCAGGUACCGGGAGGAAUACGAGGAGCAGGAGGAGCUUGGCCGUGGUGGGUUUGGCCGAGUGGUGCGGGCCAGAAACAAGCUGGACGGCCUGCACUACGCUCUCAAGAUUGUGAAGACGCAUGACAUGGGUGAGAUGUCCUUGGAGGCGUGUGAGCUGGAGGUGAAGACACUAGCCAUGCUGGAACAUCCCCGGGUGGUGCGGUACUUCACGGCCUGGGUGGAAGUGGAGUUAUGGCCCUGGCGCCACCAGUUGUCCACUGCCACUCUCAGGGAACUCAGCAGUGACUCAAGUGGUGAUGACACUGAAGAUUCCUCCUCUGAGAACGAUGUGUGUGGAAGCCCACCAUUAGGGAAGGGAGGCACCAGCCCUGACGACGACGACAGCAUACUGUUCCAGGACACUGGGCCGGGAGAGAGGGAAGGCAAGGCAGCCGCUCAGCCUCCCUCAGACAGACACUGCCACACUAACGGCUAUACCCACUGCUCCCUCCUGCCCUUCCAGCCCCACCCAGCACCACGGCUCAGAAAGGUCCUGUACAUUCAGAUGAAGCUGUACGGCAAGUCUCUGAGGAAGUGGAUGGACGACAGGAACAGCAGCGACUCGCCUUCAGUGGUGGGGACGGAAUGCCUCAGAAUAUUCCAUGAGGUUUUAGAGGCACUGUGUUAUAUCCAUGCUAAAGGAUACAUGCACAGAGAUGUCAAGCCGGACAACAUUCUCUUCACGCUGGAUGGAAGUAACGUUCUGCUAGGAGACUUUGGCUUGGCUCGGCUCAUUACUCACUCACCCAGCGUCUCGUCAUCCGGCAGCCCCUCCACCCACACCCGUAAUGUGGGCACCUUUCUCUACACUGCCCCGGAAGUGAAGGAAGGGAAUUAUGGAGAAAAGGGUGACUUAUACAGCCUGGGCAUCAUUCUGCUGGAGCUGUUCUCGCUGUUCAAGACUCACUCAGAGAGGAUCGUCGUCAUUACAGAUCUUAAAGAGAAGGGACACCUCGAUCCACACUGGACUGAAUGCUGGCCCUCCAUUGCCGAGUGGGUUAAGAGACUCGUCGAUAAAGACCCAGCCAGCCGCCCGUCGGCCAAGGAGUUACUCGAGUCGUCCUUGUUUCCCCAGCUAGACCCACCGCCAUCCCCCACCUCUCCUGCUGCUGCCGCCAGCCUCCUGGUGCCGGCCCUCCCGCUGGGUGCCCAGGGUUGGGUGCUGCGGCCGCCUCUGUUAAUUUUUCUCAUUCGCAGUUUACGAGUGUUACUUCAGUUGAGGCUAAUUGUGUUACCGCCGUGGAAUCCGUCAAUAAUUGUGCCGUUCGUAUUGAGGAGUGCACUUCAAAGGACGAAGAAAUUGCAUCUUUGAAAAAAGAGAAUGCCUUGUUGAAGGAACAAAACGACGCCUUAAAACGAAGACUGGAGGUGCUGGAGCGUGGCGGGAUUGGUGACGCCGCUGCCGCACCAGCCAGUUUAGAUUAGCACUGCUGAUGUCGAUUACUGAUGUCUGUGUGAUACAUUCUUAUUCCUUAUGUCUUAUUACAAUCAAUACCACUAGUGACUCUAAGCCAUUCUUCCAUGGGCUGUGGCCCAACUCACCCAUCUUGAUAGAAGCAAGCCCCACCAGCCAGCCAGCCAGCUUGUCAGUGCAUGUCAUUGUGCUGCAGUAGAGAGCACUUCAUCCUGGCAGCAGCUGAGUCAUUGCUGCACGUCCCAGGAACCACAACACUUGCCAGUAGCCUUUUAACUUGCUCGCUGCUUGGCAGAUGUCUGUUGGUGCCAUGCUCCUUGCUGGCAGUCCUGUGUGUGUGCCGCCACGCUGCACGGCAACACUGCCUGAAGUCAGAGGGGUGAGUGUUCGGCAUGGCAGUGUUGGUGGUUCCUGGAGGAUGUGUGGUGAUGGGGCGGCGGGUUGCUGGUGCUGCUUGGGCUGGGGGGACACAGCACUGAGUUUGUGAUGUGUUGUUGAGGGCUUGUGGUUCCCUGAGAGGGGGAGGAGGCAGAGGCAGUUAUCUAACAAAUGUUAGCAUGUAGUGAGAGCAAUUAUUUCUUUAUUUUAUUAACUGUUGCAUCAUUUUAACUUUGGCUGUCAGUCCUUGAAGGAAAACCUUUGACCUUACAAAGGCAUUUUGGUGUAGAGUGGGAAGCAUUUGUCCCGGUGGGAGGGGAGCGUGAUCCACCUGCCAAGGACAGCAUGCUGUAAAGUUAGGUUUGCAUUGAGGACAGUGUUGCCUGUGAAAACUGGUUUCAAACUUUCUGUCCUUCCUCCCAGAGGCUGCCAGACACAUCUGGACACUGUACAGUCAUUGUUAUAGUGCUGUGAACAUAGUGUACAUAGCUGCUGGUCCUGUGAGAGGCAAAGCGGACAGUCCAACACCUGCGCUGUUGCUGUAUUGUCCGAGGCAGUGAGGAGCCACAGCACAGGCUGUUGGUGCAGCGCCGCACCGCCGGGCAGCAAAGUGCCACCGGCUGCUAUUGCUGAGAUUGUUAUAUAGCCAUAUACAUACAUAUAUAUAUAUAUAUAUAUAUAUAUAUAUAUAUAUAUAUAUAUAUAUAUAUAUAUAUAUAUAUAUAUAUAUAUAUGUAUAGAUAGAUAGAUAUACAUAUAUAUACGUAUAUACAGUGUACAGCUGCCCAACACUACCUUUACCGUGUACAUACUGCAUAGCAUUAUUAACGUCACUGACAGCCACCGCGGGGCGCUGUGAUGCUGUCUUGGUUUUAUUACAAUUUAUAUUAAUUGGGUUGUUGAUGCCAAAAACCAACUUACUCCAAGAGUACACAAUUGUUGCCAAAAUUUUGCAGAAGAGCUUAAAUUGUCCAGUUGUAAUAGAGCUCCCUUGAGGCUCAGGCCAGGAAAGCAUGGUGAGUCAGUGUUCUAUACCAAAAAGUAUAGUGCUUUACACACAUGCAUGUUGAUUUGUUUGUAAGUAAAGUACGUAGCAUUCUGAA